AUGAGGCGCCUGAACUUUCUCCCGACGACUCUGAAAGCGAGGCUCGCGCUCGCAGGUGCCCUGACGCUACUCUAUGUCGUCGCCUCCACAUUAUACAUCCGAGGGUACGGGUCUUCCCUGAAAGCAGCACCAGAGGUCCUACAGAGCGAUCCUAUUCCCAUCGACACACCCAAGACUCCAGCAGAGGACACAAAUAUACCACCACCAGCACCGACAAGAUCCCAAGUGCUUAUCGUCUCCGCCUUCUUCCCCGACCCCACCUCGCCCUUCACAAAGAAGGACUACGAUGUCUGGCUACCCAACUUUCUGGGCCCACUCACGAGCGACAUAUAUCUAUACACUACCCCGGAGUUGGAACCGCGUCUUCGCCCUCUCCAGGGCCGAAAUCUGACGCUGACGAUCGAUACUACCUAUGCCUCCCCGCUCGAGAUACCCCCGCUGAAAGGAAAAGAGGAGAUGUACAAAAGGAUACUGAAGAAGGACCGUAACAAGUCACGUCGCUCGAUCGAGCUCUAUGCGAACAGGAACGCGAAGGCGUUCUUCUUGAGCGAUGCGGUGAAGAGGCUAGAAGAGGAGGGAAGGAAGUAUCAGUACGCAUUUUGGAGCGACGCAGGGAGUUUUAGGACACAGCAUGUGUAUCGGGAGUGGCCCUCGCUAAGCAGGCUGCAGGAUCUUUGGGAGGAAGGGAGUAAGCUGGCGGGGACGAAGGCAGAGGAUAUGCUAUUCAUCCCCAUUCUUGGCACCCCGCAUACGUCGAUGGUGUUCUGGACGGAGAACAUGGGUCCGAUCGAUAACGGAGUUAGCAUAAGCUCAUUCUUCGGUGGCUCACCACAAGCGAUCGACUGGUACGCUCGGACAUAUUACGCCUACCACGACCUCUUCCUCUCUCUCGAGAUCUUCGUCGGGAAAGACCAAGCACUCAUCAACGCCCUCCUCAUGCUCUUCCCUGAGCGCUUCCUGACCGUCUGGGCACAAGACCCCGAUGCACCUGCCCACCUUUCACUCAACCGCCCAAAAGACAAGGGCGGCUUCCUAGGCCAGUGCGGCACGGAGCGUUUCUACUACCAGUUCUUCUUGUCAGACAACAAAACACAAGAGGCGAUGCAGAGGCUGUGGGUGGAGAAGGCGAGUAGAUGGAGGUGGUGGGGUUGGUGGAGAUGGCGCGACACCGAGCCGUGCCGGACGACCAGGGUUCUUGCGAUGAAGGAUGUGCUGAAGAGAAAGCUUGGCGAAGGCUGGAACCCCCCAAGAAGGACGCUGAAUUAUUAA